CUCCAUCAGUUCUAAUCUCUAUUUCAAUGUUCCGGUACUUUCUCUCCCAAAUUUUAUUUCUUCUAACCAAAAAUUAUAUGACCUCAUUAACUCUAUCGGAAUCUUCGCUACAUCAUGAUACAUAUAUUCAUCAUUAUUCACCAUCUUAUGUAUAGGUACGUCAAUACCAGUAAUAACUCUGGUUUCCAAAUAUUAUAGAUUGUAAACAGCUCAUGAAGACUUAACGAAAUAAAAUGAAUUCAUAUUAUUCUGCACCAAUUUUUGUUCUCACUCUAUUAAAGAUAUACUUUCAGUAAAUUAACAAAGGGUUCAGAUUCUAGUACUCUACAGUUGUAUUGAUUCCCGAACGUUAAGUUAGCAUUGGACAUUUAGAUAUAACCGAUAUUUUUGUUAACAUAUAAAUGGAGUUUUGCAUUGUAGUGAUCAAAAAUACAAAUGGAGGCAAACGAACGUAUUUGAAUACAAUAUUACAGAAUAUCUCACUAAGAUCUGACAACCAUACAGUGAAUGCUUAAUUUGCGAAAUAUCAAUCACUUGUCUCAAUCUUGACUGUUUCAUUUGCAAAUAUCAGUCUAUCGUCUCAGAUUUCGUUGAUCCUGCAUUUUCAUACCAAUUGCUUUCUGUUCCCGUUCUUUCCUUCUCGAUUUUCUAAUGAAAUACAUUCUAUCCCUGACUAUCAUUAUAUACUACUUAUGUGCAUAAGUAGCGCACACCACAGUAUAAAUAGACAAUAGAAAGUGUUCAGAGUGUGUAUAUUACACACAUAUUAUUUUGAGUAAAUGAUGAAUAGAUUUUGUUCGGUAGAAAAAUAAUGAUAUAAUUAUUACUAUUAUUAACAGUAUGUUGUUGUGGAGAUUAUUAUGUUUUUAACUGAGAUUAUGGACCGAUUGAUGUUAGACCACAAUUGAAAACCUGGAAGCACUAGACGGCCGUUUCGUCCUAUUGUCGGAGUCCUCAGCAGUGAGCAACCACAAUCCUGCUCGCGGGAUUCCAACCCAGCACAUUUGAUCUCGCGCGCGAGCGCUUAACCUUUAGAUCACUGAGCCGGCAUUCAACGGUGUUAAUGUCCAACCUCGACCAAUCCACGAAAUUGCGCGUCCAUCUCCAUUGUUAUUAAUAUUAUACUAAAUGAUCAAUUUAAUUAAAGUUAUUGUCAAUUUUUGACGUUGAUAGAGUACUUUUCUUUCAAUACAAAUGUGCAUCUAAGUUGAAAUUUUAGUACAUACAAACGGAGGUUUUAAAUAGUAAACCAGUUUAUUCAUAAUAGAAAUCAUUCGGAAAUGUCGUAUAACACUUCUGUAUAGCUAGGCACUGAGACAGUGUUAACUGUUUCUAUGAACAUGAUUCAAUUGUUCAUUUUGAUGAAUCAUUUUUGUGAACAUGUUUAACACCAUAUAAAUAAUAGUAUUUUUGUAUCAUAGAGCAACCAUCCACCAUAAGUAUUACUUGGGUUACACAAGAAAAUACAGAGAGUUCAACUGUACUCUAUGGUACUAUGCUGUUAAACAUGAAAAGUACUGGCUACGUUAAAGAGUUUAUUGAUGGAGGACGUGAACAACGCAAAAUGUAUAUACAUCGAGUGAUCUUAUCCGAUUUAAUUGGUAAUACAACUUAUUAUUAUAAAUGUGGUAGUUCAGAUGGUUGGUCAGAUGUUUUGAAAUUUCGUGCUCUCCCAUCUCAUCCUUAUUGGUCACCUAAAAUAGCAGUUUAUGGAGAUAUGGGGACAACUGAUGCACUUUCACUACCCGAAUUAAUUCAUCAAGUCAAAGAUUUAAAUAGUUAUGAUGUGGUAUUACAUGUUGGUGAUUUUGCCUAUAAUAUGGAUUCAGAUAAUGCAAGAGUUGGUGAUCAAUUUAUGCGUAAUAUACAACCAAUUGCAUCAAAAGUUCCUUAUAUGACAUGUGUUGGUAACCAUGAAGCUGCUUAGUAAGUGAAC